AAGUAGGGUUUCUUCCAAUUUUCCAGGGAAAAUCCCCGAGAAAGUGAGGGAAAACCAUCUGAAAAACCCUAAAACCUCCGCAGUCACCGCGUAAUCCCCUGCUCCGACCGGCCGAUUUGCUUAUUCUCAGGCCGCGAUGAGACCUUUAGACGAGAAGGAGACCACCGCGGUAUUCGAAAAGCUCCACAAAUUCACCGGAAACAACCUCAGGAACAUCGUCGAGAAUCCCUCUCACGAAGGCCCCGAACCAAAUCCUGGCCGCUACUGCUUCCGCCUCCACAAGAACAAGGUCUAUUACGUCAGCGAUUCCCUCGUCAAGCGCGCCACCAACGUAGCCCGCCGCAACCUCGUCGCUCUCGGCACCUGCAUCGGCAAGAUCACUCAUGGCGGCAGUUUCCAUCUCACUGUUCAGUCGCUAGGUCUCUUGGCCCCCAAUGCGAAGCACAAGGUUUGGCUUAAACCUACAUCUGAGAUGUCUUUUUUGUACGGGAACCACGUUUUGAAAGGCGGAUUAGGGCGGAUUACUGAAAAUAUUGCUCCUGGUGAUGGAGUCGUCGUGUAUUCGAUGUCGGACGUGCCUUUGGGGUUUGGAAUUGCGGCGAAGUCCACGCAGGACUGUAGGAAAUUGGAUCCCAAUGGGAUUGUGGUUCUCCAUCAGUCGGAUAUUGGAGAGUAUUUGAGGAUGGAAGAUGAGCUUUGAAUCAACGAUGAAGCCAAGCUGAGUCUUUUGUGUAUCAGAUUCAUGUUCUGUGGACGUAUAUCCAGGUAUACUCGAGUUGUUCGUGUAAAGUUUCUUGGUCAAUAGGAAUUUGAGCCCAAAUUAGUAUACUGCCUCAGGCUUCAAGUCAAAUUUUUAAGUUUUGCCUCUCCAUGAUGUUUAAUUUUUGUCGCUUGAAUUAGUGUUAAACUUAUGCGGAUUAUAAACUUUUUUCCCAAAAGCGGGGUAUCUAAUAUCAUAGAGAUACUGCUUAGUGCUUUGCUGCAAAUUAAUAACUUUCCUUAUU